AUGGCCUCAUCAUCAUCCUCUCAUAUUGACCUCUCAGGGCCUACCUUUGUUGUACUUACAGGGGCUUCCCAAGGUAUUGGGAGAGCAAUUUCUAUUGAGUUAUCUAAAGUCCUUGGUCCAAAAUCCCUUAUGUUACUACUGGCACGCAGCAAAGAUGAACUAGCAAAAACAGCUGACCAAUGUAAACAAGAUAAUGUGACAACCGUUUAUGAGUCUAUGGACCUGUCUAAAGCAUCUGCAAAAGACAUGUUUGAUGUCAUUUCCCGUGCUCUAAAAGGCCGUAAAGUGACAGAUUUUGCAACAGCCAUGAUUUUCCACAAUGUUGGUUCUCUUGGUAACUUAGCCGUACCAACUGAACGUAUGGAGGAUGUCGAUGAAAUGAGACAGUACUAUGAUCUGAAUGUAUUUAAUGUUAUUAAACUUAAUACUCAGUUUCUCAAGGUUUUUAAGGAGGUUGAAGAAAGAAUUGUUAUUGUUAACAUUACAUCAUUAUGUGCUAUCAAGGCUAUGAGCGGCAUGGCUAGUUAUUGUACUGGCAAAGCUGCAAGGGAAAUGUACUUCAAGGUACUUGCUGAAGAGAAAAAGCACAUCAAAGUGCUAAAUUACUCUCCAGGGCCAGUAGAAACAUCUAUGAUUGAUUAUGUGUUGGCUGAAACGGUUAACACUAAUUUAAGGGAUGUGUUUCUUUCAUUUAAAAUGCAAGGGACUUUACUGAAACCUGAGGUAACAGCUAAAAAAUGUCUGACAGUCCUGCAGCAGGGCAAAUUUGGUCCUGGAGACCAUGUUGACUAUUUUGAUUCUGAGUAG